UAACAAUGCUGGUAAAAUGAUAUUUGGAUCUGGAACAAGACUUACAGUGCAACCUAGAGAAGAAUCGAAAACAGAGGCCUUUAUUUUAGGAUCUGACCAAGACAAUAAGGAUGGCAAAGCCAGAGCCUGCCUCAUCACAGACUUCAGUUCACAUAACAUCAGUGUUACAUUGGGAGAUGAAACCUUUGAUGCAGACCCCUCAGUAAUUAAAGGAGACAAGCAGUACAGUGUGGUGGCAUUUCUCUCAGAAAGCAAAGAUAGAUCAGACUUCAACUGCCGUGCAGCUGUUAAUGGCAGUAUGACUGUACGAGACAGCAAAGAUAAAGAAAGCGUGUGUGAGUCUGAUGUGGCAUAUGUUUUUGAAUCAGAUGAGAAACUGAACUCUUUGAGUUUGGUGGUACUGGGUCUGAGAGUUAUAUUUCUGAAGAGCAUUGCAUUCAAUGUGCUCAUGACAAUCAGGGCGUGGAUGAGUUAGGAUACAUCAAAUAUAUGAUGAAGACAUGGAUUGUUGAACCAAAAGGAAUGAAGCAAACAUUUUAUUCAAGCAGUUUUCAGAAGUUCUAGGCUUGUGGGUUUGAUUAGGCUUUACAGAGAUACUAUUGGAAAUUGAAAAUACUUUGUCAUUCUUUUCUCAGUAAGAAUGAUAUCGCUUUUGUAAUGGCAAUGCAUUAUGCUUUAGAAUGCAAUAUUGAAAUAAUCAGAUUUGCCUAUAAAAUAUAUGUAGCUUUUAUCAAGAAAUGUUUUCAGUGAGCUUAAAAUAUAGAUUGUAAGCUGUCUGGUUUGAUUAUAUUAGUUAAGUAAACAAUGCACUGUAUUUCACAGAGCUUUAACUCAUACAUUAUUUUUUAAAACAUCCACUACCAUAAGCGGGAACUGAUCAAAUUGGAAGCUGUAAGAAAUUGUUUAAGCUCAGCUCUUCUGAAAAGAGAAUAGUGGCACAUCUACAUGGUUCGUAUUACUGUGCAAACAAAAUGCACACUAGUUAGUUAAAGCUUUGUGAAUAGGUGUCAAAGUUAUUACAAACAGUGAAUAUCAACUAU